AUGUUCGAUACAGUCCACGAAACGCUGAAUCACGACGUUACCCACAUCGGAGGACACGUCACGCCCAAUGGCCCGGCUUUACGCCGACAUAGCCCGAGCUUUAUGCCAGUACGGCCCGGUUCCAAUGCACCAAAUCAAGAGCCCGUAUAUAGAAAAGUAGCUGUAGUAGAAAAUUUCUUCGAUAUUAUUUACACAGUUCAUGUAGAAUUAGAAGGACGACCUGGAAAACAUGCUGGACAAAAAAGGACUUAUAGGACAAUUACGGAGACGUACGCGUUCCUGCCGCGGGAGGCCGUCACGCGCUUCCUCACCGGAUGCGCGGAGUGCGCGCGGCGCCCGCGCAGUGCGUCCCCCCCGCCGCUCCCCACACCUUCCCCGUCGCCCACCCGACACCCCACCUACCUCCCCUUCCUCCCCCACUGCGCGCCUGAUUACACGCGCAACUGGGAAUCUGAGAUAGACGCCGCACAUUCUAAUUACUACGAACCGAAAUUUGAGUACACGGAACUUCAGCCGCUGAAGAAAGUUGAAAGCCCUAAACCUACAGACGUUGAAGAGCCCGAGCCUACGUACAUUGAAUUAACGUCAAAGAAAGUCAACGGAUUUGAAUCUACACCGCUGUUGAACAGAACUUCUCCUGUAGAACCGGCGUUUCAAGAAGAAGAGCCAGUCAGAACAGACCCAGAAAUAGACAAAGACGAAAAUAGUUUAAUAGAUGUCGAAGACGUCAUAUCAGAUAGUCCCGCCCCGUUAAGAUUACAGAAGGAUGAUGAUGCUAAGCAUUCAGAAGGUGAAAGUACAAAGGCUGCAGAAAGCAGAGGAGUCGACGAUAAGACUGAACCAAAAAAAGAGAAGAAAUAUAAUCCCCUCGAUGUUGCUAAUUUAACGUCUAAAGACCCACCAAAGUCGAGGUCUCCGCCUAGAAAGAAGUUGUUACCUAAUGUUGAGUAUGCGUCUAAUUCAUUCGGGAGGUUUCCAAAACCUUGGAGACCAGAUGGUGGAGCGUAUUAUGGAGGAGAGGAGAUGGACUACAACGUGCCUAUAACCACCGCGUACUUGAAGCAUAUGCGGACAAUGUCGUACCAGGAUCGCAGGGAUUCAGAGAGCAAGUUGAAGUAUCCAACAUUAGGGUUGCAUAGAAACCCUCGGAAUUCCUCGCAUUCGAAUACAAAGUACGAAACCACACCAAAACCUGAUAUAAUAAUUUUGUCCAAACAAAGGGGAAUGCCCACUGACCAUAGACACUUCGGCCCUGGGUGCACACAUAUAAAAGCUUAUGGAUAUGGUAAUAUGCAUUUUAAGAAACAAAAUGGAAAAGAAAUUGAUUUAGAAAAAAGUCCGGAUUGUUAA